AUGCGAUAUACGCCACGUGUCCGUACAACAUUCUUUAAAUUCUUCUCUUUUUCUCUUCGUCUUCUAUUUCCCGUCUCGCUCGUGCCUUGGAAUCGAGAGGGAGGGUAUGAGUUUCGAAGAUUUGGAAUCAGGGCGGGCCGGCGGCAGCAUGAUCCAGCGGAGGCGGUGCGGCCGUGCUGUUCCAGAUCACUACUUCCGACCGAAGCUUCGGGCGCUUCACUCCCGAUCUCCGGGAGAAGCUAUUGGAAUGGUUCCUCUUCAAAGGCAAAAAGCAGCCCUACAAAGGCUACCUUAAGCCAUUCCAUCACAGAGAAAGAGAGGUCACAUUCCUCAGGUCAAGCAGCUUUUUUUGGCUUUCCUAAAAGUUCAAAGAAAAUCUUUGAAGUGGAUCUUUUUAGGCCAAAUUCGGUGAGCAUCAAGGAACCCCUUGCCACGCGUCACGAUUUCCUUAUUCCUCACCUCUAUAAAUGUGGUCUACGAGUUCUUCGCCACAACGUCCUCACCGUGCUUAUCAGAUUGCGAGCGGAAGAGGAGAGGCAGGGCUUUCUCCUCACGCCGCCAGGCUUCGGCAGACGCUCGGCCGCCUCUGGUUCGCUUGGUGCAGGUCGGGAACGCUCCAGUCUUGCAGCGCGGACUAACGAGCCCGAUCCCGCCUUGCACCAACUGAAUCGGAGACGGACUGCGACCUUCUUCUUCGAAUCCGGCCCGAUCCAAGGUUCUACGGCCUUUUUUCUUCGUUAUAUCAUCAGAUUUGCAGGGAUCCUUUCUCGGUAUUCAUGCUCUGCUCUGCUCUGAGGUAGGGCUUUUCCCUGUUCCUUCUCAAAGCUAGGUUUCCAUGGAGUAAAGUUAGUCCUUUGGUUAUUUUGGUGCUUAUUGCUUCUUUUGAUUGUUCUUUACAGUAAUCAUAGUUGAAACCUGAGUUGAUCUAAAGUGCCGUUUGUCAGAAAUCCAAAUCAGAAUAACAAAAUUAGAAUUAGAUUUAAGAUUUUGCAUCCUUCUUGGUCUAUUAUUUGAGAUUCGUAUAUAGUUAGGGUUUAAGCUCCAAUCAGAAAAAUCUAGUGAUAUUACUAUGUGAAAAUUUACUUUUCACAGUAUGGUUUUGUUUGAGAUUAAUAUGUGAUAAUAUUUGAUUUUUAUUAUAUUAUAUUAUAAAUCUUAUUCCUAACAUUAUUUUGACAUUUCUGCAUUUCAGUUUUAUUUUGAUGUGUAUUUCACUCUAUUUUAAAAACUUAUAGGGGAUCAUUCCACUUCAUAAUUAAAAUAAUUAGAGGAUAUAUUAAUUUUAUCCACAUAAUGAUAGCAAAUAAUUUUGUUUGUAGUUUUUCACCUCAAUUUCUUCUGUUUGCUUAUUUUUUAUUGACCAAACAAAUCUAUAUGUUUGUCAAUCCAGUUAUAGUGCAUAAACUUUGAUUCUUGUUUGAUUGUCAACUUGUUGUGGACCAUUACACCUAAAGCUGCAGUUCUCUUUUCUGGUUUAAGCUAGAGGCAUUCUAACAUAUGAACAAAACUUGUAUGAAGAGGCUCUUUAGAGACAUUUCUGCAGAGUCCUCCUGUAAAGUCUUAGGGUCAAAGACUCUGAAGGGCACUUCAGAGAGUUUCUCUGUGAAGGUCCCCUUCAUAUAAGUUUUAUUGCAUUGAUUAUCUUUCUUGAAUCCCUCCAAAACCUUGUCAUGAGAUUCCUCAUUGGUCACUAAAGCACUUCCUCCAUGGCAUUAUCUUGUUUUGUGGAAUAACUAUCAAUUGGUUCGACCAUUGAGCCAAAGAUACCAACACUGAUGAAGAAUGAGUACCCCUGAGCAGUCUCCUUCAGAUGUAUCGGAAACACAAGCCAGCCCGAAGGUUAAGGGAAGUUUCAGAUUACAAUAAAAUGGAAAUUUGAAGCUGAUGAUAUGAACCCUUUCUUCUCAAUAGUUUCUUCGAAUUUUGGACAGACUUUACAUUGUAAUUUAAAUAGAGCCCUAUCUUUAGCCUAUUACUGUCUCAACUCCCUUGCUCAGGUUUAUUCAAAACCCUUUUUUACAUGGUAACUGCCCAGAGUAUGACCUUUUGGUUGAGGAUUAUGGUGAAUGCCUAUGUGUUUGCCUUGACAAGUUUGUACAGUUGAUGCUAUUUACUUAUUGCAAUUAGGUGUUUCUGCUGUGUGGUUACCC